AUGUAUGUAUCUGUCUAUCUAUCUAUCUCAGUCCUUUUCAUAUCUAUCUAUCUGUUGCAGGCCCGAUGGGAUAACUGCGUUAUCCUAUCUAUCUAUCUAUCUAUCUAUCUAUCUAUCUAUCUAAUUAGACCUGGUUUCUAUCUAUCUAUUAGUGAGUUCGAUCCUCACUGGGUACCCCCUACUUUCGGCCUUGUGCCACAUCUAAAUUACGCUUGGAAUAUUCCUGUACUUUUUCUGUCUGUUUUAUUAAACCUGCUUUCUAUCUCUCUCUCUGUCUGUAUCGCUUCAUUAUCUAUCUAUCUAUCUAUCUAUCUAUCUAUCUAUCUAUCUAUCUAUCUAUCUAUGUCGCUUCGUUACCUUAUCUAUCUGUCUAUCUUAUUAAAACUGUUUUCUAUCUAUCUAUCUAUCUAUCUAUCUAUCUAUCUAUCUAUCUAUCUAUCUAUCUAUCUAUCUGAUUCCUUUAAAUAUCUAUCUAUCUAUCUAUCUAUCUAUCUAUCUAUCUAUCUAAUUCAAACUGCUUUCUUUCUAUCUUAA